AUUACUUACAAUAAUCAUUUCUUGCAUCCACGUAGGUAGUAAAAAUAAUUUCAUUAUUUUGACGUUGUAAAUGAGUUGAUAAUUAUUACAAGUAAUUGAAAGUUGUUAAUUGUAUUGUAUUUAGGAACAGUUGUUGGCACAAGGUACGUAGUCAACUAUUUUAAUAUUACAUAAUAUUCAACUUGUCGCUUAACCUGUAUAACUUUUAUUUAUUAUAAACCUAGUGUAAUGAUAUUGAUGAAAAUACUUUCUGUAACAAUCAAUUGAAUAUUAAUAUAUUAAUUUAAAAUGCUACAAAACAAUUGUUUUUAAUCUUCUAUUAUAUUAAAAUUAUAUAUAAAUAUGAAAUAUUAUACCUCCUCGUAAUACUGAUUUUUAUUAGGUACACUUUUAUGGAUCAUAUUUUGUUUAAAAUGUUGACUUCCAGAACGUAUAUAAUAUGGUAUAGUUUCAGUGCUAUACAUAUACAUAGCCCGUUUCACUAUAUUCACUAUCUUAAAUUUAUCUUAUUAAUGAUUACGUUUUUUGUAUUAUUUUUUAUUCUAUAUAAAUUUAACAUAAAACCACAAAAAAUUUUAGAGAACUAAUUAAAACCAAAUCAUUAAAAAUAUUCAACAAAAUGGUAGAAUACUGGAAUUCCACGACUAGAAAUAAAAAUACCUAAGAAAGCACAUUUUUAAUAUAGACAGAUAUAUUGGCUAUCAUAACCACAGAGCUGUGUUUUCCGCAUUUAUAUGAUUUAAAUAGACAUAGUACAAAAUACAAACAAAGGAGAUAAGAUAUAUGUUGGCGAAUUAUUUAUAUUAUUUGCUGGUUAUUUCUGGUUAAGUAUCUACCACAGAUUAGAAGACAAUUACUUACUCGAAAACUUAUAAAACAAUGUUAUUUUAAUGAAGUGCUGUAGGAAUACUAGGUAUACUUGGUUUUAAAUCGAAAAUAAAUUUGGCUAAAAAUAAUUCAAUAUUAUCGGUCUUAUUCAAUGGGUUAGAUAUUUGACUCUGAAAUCAAAUCGACUUUAUUAUGAGGUUUAAUGAAUUUUCGAGAAUUACGUACUCACAUUGAGUACAAUAUUGUAUACUUGCUUUGCACAUGUACUUCUGAGUUGUGAACACAAUUUUUAGUGGAAGGGUAGCUUAAAGUUCAAUGUAUGGUCACAACCACACAACGUGCAGUUUAAAAGACCUAGGUUUCUCUAUGGUGAAAAAGAUAUAAAAAUAGGAGUAAGGGUCACUGCUUCUUUAACUUAAUAUUUUUUAAUCCUCGACGGACUAUUUUCGAUUUCAAAUGAUUCACCGAAUAAAAACGAGAGUACUUGUAUUUUUUUAUUUUUUUGUUACAUUUGUAUUAAUUUUGUGUAUUAUAAUUGUGGAAUUAUCAAUAUGGGCUUGGUACCUAAAUCUUAAUACCUCAGAAAUCGCAGAAUUUAGACUUUACCGUAUCUGACCACUUCUGUUGGCACAAAUUAUUAUAUUACCUACUAAGAACUGCUUUAAAAAAAUAUCAACAUGAACUAUUUAAGCAAACUGGUUUUGGAAAGACAUUAGUUUCAGACGGUUUUACUUUUUACUCAAGUACCCACUGAAAAAAAAAAACAAGUUAUUGAUAGGUAGAUAUCGUCUUCAUUUCAAAUAAUUUAUAGUACAAAGACGAGCAUUUGUUUGUUUUGUAUAGAUAUAAAAUUAUAUAAUGGAUGAAAUAGGUUAAGGUUGGAGGUAGAACCGUUUCUGUCUAACUACAGAGUACAUAAUAUGAUUAUUGCACGAUACCUACUGUUUUUAUUCAUUAUACAUUUACGAAAUUUUAACCACCAUAAUAGGUAUAGCAAUAUUAUAUUACUCAACCAAAAUUAAUUUUACUUUAAUAACUAAGUACUGGUUUUAAUUGACGCCACCACCAAUAAAUUAAUAAAUCGUAAAAAUUUAAAAAUACAUUAAAUUAUGCAGGUGGCCAAAAUUUGAAUGUAUCUUUCGGUAUUGUAGUAUACAUAUCGUGUGCAAUUAAUCCACUUCGCUACAUAAACUAUCAAAUAUAUGAAUCAAGAAAGUUUCUCUUCGUUUCUUAUUGCUUUGUUAAUUUUAGUAUUAAGAUUUUUACUAAAUAUUAUUCUUAAAGUAUCAAAUUAAUUUCAUAUUUUUACAUACCUAACAUAUUUACCAUUUAUUUUUAUAUGAGAUAAGUAUAUGUAUAAGUGUCGUGUCAACUAAACCUGACUGGUGGGAGAAUAUACUUCUUGGGUGGGUGUCAACUAAACCUACCUAAUAGAAGAAUACUUCUUAUUUUAGUGUCAACUAAACCAGUGUCCAUUUAAAUACGAAAUAAUAUGUCAUAUGACAGUUAAUAGUGCUAGUAAACUUUUUAUUUUCCUAUUUAUUUUAUAGUCUAUAAAUUAUAAUAAUGCUUUGGAAGCAUAUAAUUUAUUUUUACUUUUUUGGUGUACUCAACAUUUAUAGAGUCAUGGCUGUGCGUUCAACUGGUCCUCUUUUGUCAAGACUUCGAGACUUAAUGAAGUUAAAAUAUUUGGGAGAACCAAUUCAUGGAUAUAUUGUUUUAUCAGAAGAUGCACAUCAAGUAAUUUAAUAUUACCAAUAAUAAUUAUAAAAUAAAAGUGUAUUAUUAUUUAAUUAUAUCUUUAGAACGAAUAUAUCUCUGAAUGUGAUGCCCGUCGAUCUUUUAUCACUGGUUUCACUGGUUCAGCUGGAUUAGCUCUUAUUACUCAAAAUGAUGCAUUAUUGUGGACAGAUGGCCGCUACUUUCUUCAAGCUCAACAGCAAUUAGAUGAAAAUUGGACUUUAAUGAAAAUGGGUUUGUAUAUAAUAUAUACCUAUAAAAUCGUUUUAAUGAAAAAGUUAUUCACAAAAAAAAAUAUGUUUCUCACUCUGUACAGAAUUUAAAAUACCUAACAUAAUCUUUUCCCUUUUUUGUGCAGAAUUUAAACCGGUCCAACUUCUUUGAAAAUAUUAAAAGUUGUUUUCAUUUUAUUCUUAGGAUUGCCCGAUACAUUAACAUUAAGUGAAUGGCUAUCAAAAAAUAUGAAGAACGGCUCUAGAAUUGGAAUUGAUGCAAAUUUAAUAACCUACAGUGAAUGGCGUAGAAUCAAUAAAGAAAUCAAGUACAAGGGCAUUAAUUUAGUCCCAUUAGAUAACAAUCUUAUAGAUCAUAUGUGGUCUGACCGUCCAGCUAUUCCGUCAAAUCCAGUAAAACCAUUGAGCAUUAAAUUUACUGGUACUACAUAGCACUUUUUUUAUUUGAUGAUUUGUUUAAACUAUUUAUAACUAUUAUAACCAUCUAUCUUGUCUAGGUAAAAAAUGUGGAGAGAAAGUAGAAGAAGUUAGACAAAAAAUGACUGAAAAAAAUGCUACUGUUUUGUUGAUAACAGCUCUAGAUGAGAUUGCGUGUAAGUGAUAUUUUAAUAUAUUAGGAUGUAUAACAAUUAAAAAUAAAAAACUAUUUAUUUUUGGUCAGAUUAGUUUUGAACUUAACAAAUAGUGAACUAAUUACAUUUUUAAAAAUGUAAACAUAUUAUGUUAAAUGUUUGUAUAUUAUUUUAACAGGGUUAUUAAAUCUAAGGGGAUCAGACAUUACAUACAAUCCAGUAUUUUUUUCAUAUGUAAUUGUUACACAUACAGAUGUCUAUUUAUUUGUUGAUAAUAAAAAACUAGAUGUUUCUGUAACAGAACAUUUUAAAAAUGAAAAUGUAGGUGUUAUUGUACAACCAUAUGACAAACUACAUACAUUUUUCAAUGAUAUUGUAAGUAUUAUUUUGAAUUAAUUUUUAUAAUAUAUAAAGUUUGUGUUUACAAAGAAAUGGGUUAUCAUAAUUGACACGUGUAUUACUUCAGUUAGCAUCAGACAACAGUAAAACUGGAAAAGUUUGGGUAUCAGAUCGAUCUAGUUAUAACUUAGUUAACAUUGUACCUAAGUGUAAUCGUAUUUCUAAACCAACACCAAUUCCUCUAAUGAAAGCUAUUAAAAAUUCUGUUGAAAUUAAUGGUAAAAAUAAUUUAAUAUAAUUUUUGAUAUUUAAACGAAUAAUUUUAAUGCAUUUUGUUUAAGGUCUUAAAAAUGCCCAUGUUAAAGAUGGUGCAGCAUUAUGUUCAUAUUUUGCUUGGUUAGAGGAAAACAUAUCAUCAGAAAAUAUUACUGAAUUAUCAGGUGCUGAAAAACUAUUAUCAUUUAGAAGGUAAUAUUAAUUAUGUUUCAAACUUUUAUUGCUUUAAAUUGUAAACAUUAUUGAUAUGCAUUUAACAUAACAUAAUUAAAAUUGCAAUACAUAAAUAUUAAACUUUACCUUUGUUCAACACAAGUUAUAUUAAAAACAUUAAACAUUUUAAAGUAAAAUAUACACACUAAUUCUUUUCGGUGUCUCAUAUUAUAAUUUAUUUUGAAACGCUUAAAUUAAACAUUUUAAAUUUACCACGAUAAUUGUUAAUAUUAAACACUAGUGGAAUCAACUUAAAAUUCUUUUCUUUCUCUCUUAACAGUAAUUAAACCUAAUGUCAUGGUAAAUAAUCAAAAGUCAUGCAUAAUGUACAGUGGAUUAUUACUAAUAUUAAAUGUCCAUAACUUAAAAAUUAAAUGUAAGCAUUGUAAAAUAUUUCUAGAUUUGUAAUCAUACAAAGUAUUAUCGUGUAGAAAAAAAUGUUUCCUUUAAAAAGAAAUUCUAAUGUAAUAUGUAUAGUUUUUCUUUUCCUACAUGAUAGACAUUUCUAACAAAUUGUAAAAAAAAAAAAAAAAUGUAUUGCAAAAAUUUGUUUUAUAUCUAUUUGUAAUGAUUUUAAUAGUUUACAAGAAGACUUUGUGGGUCCAAGUUUUGAAACAAUUUCUUCAUCUGGACCUCAUGGUGGAAUCAUUCAUUAUUCACCAAAUCCAGAAACUGAUAGAAAAUUAAGUGUUGAUGAAAUGUAUUUGUGUGAUUCUGGCGGUCAGUUUUUGUAAGUAUGAUUGUUGAAUUUGACCAUAUGAUCUUUUUUUCACAUGAUUAUUAAAUUUAAAUUUGCUAUUAAAUAUUUUUAUUUUAUCAAUAUAGAGAUGGUACAACUGAUGUAACUAGGACAUUACAUUUUGGAAUACCAACUGAUUAUCAGAAAGAAUGUUUCACAAGAGUUUUUAAAGGUCAAGCAAAUUUAGCAAUGAGCAAAUUUCCUCACAAAAUUCUAGUAAAAUAAUAUUUUUCUGUAUACAAAAACGCUCUGCUAUUAUAAUUAUUAUUUUUUAGGGAAAUUGUUUAGAUUCUUAUGCCCGUAAAUUUUUAUGGGACGUAGGUUUAGAUUACAUGCAUGGUACUGGACAUGGCAUUGGCUCCUAUUUAAAUGUCCAUGAAGGACCUAUGGGAAUAUCUUGGAGAGAAAUACCUAAUGAUCCUGGAUUACAACCAGGAAUGUUUUUAUCAAACGGUAAUAUUUUACAUUCUAUAAAAUAAACAAUAGUGUAUUAAAACUGAACAUAUUUUCUCUAUAGAGCCUGGAUAUUAUGAUAAUGAUUUUGGUGUUCGCAUAGAAGAUAUAGUGUUAAUAAAAGACUCAACGACUAAAUUUAAAAUGUCACACAAAUCCUUCUUAGAAUUUGAAACUGUAACAAUGUGCCCAAUACAAACUAAAAUGUUGGUGAUCGAUUUGCUCACCGAUAAAGAAGUAUAAAUAACAUUAAAAAAUGAAAUAUUUAUUUUCAGUGAUAUAUUUAAUAUUAUUUUUAACUAUUUCAGAUUGACUAUUUAAAUGAAUACCAUCGCAAGUGUUUAGAAACUCUAACACCAUUAUUAGAAAAAGAUAAAAGAGCAUUAACUUGGCUUGAAAAAGAAACUAAACCAAUCAAGCGAUAGAUAAAUAAUUUAUUAUAUUAUAAGAUUAUUAUAAUAUUUAGCUGUUUCCAACUUAAUAUUUCUUAAAUAAAACAUUAUAUCUUCACUUAAAUAUUUUACUACAUAUUAACUUGUCUGGAAUAGAAAAUACAAAUUCAUUUACCAAUCCAUUGUUUCUUUUCUAAAGCUAAAAUUAUGGCUAUUAUUACUAUAAAAUUGUUUGUACCAUUUCCGAUGUGCUAAAAGGGUUAUUUCUUGUUUUGAUGCUAAAGGCUUUUCAAUGUAAGUCUUGUGGUUCC